AGACGAGGGCAGACGUCAGCACAGUGACAACACGGACUUCAUUCACCUAAACACCGGCCGACAUGCUUCAUGGAUGCGUCGGUACAUCCUCUGUCAGCCAGUCAGAAGAGUUGGUCCACUUUCUAGCAGCCUCCUGUGAACUUUCCGCGUCUCCGGCAGCACGCAGCCGCUAUGGAGGGAUACCGGUGCGGCAUGCAAAUACGUACUCUGACGUCGGCGAUCAUGUGGCUUUUGGCGUAGAUCCUCCUUGUGAUCGUCGAUUUUUUUUGUCCCCCCACCCCCCCCACUCCUGUCGCCUGUUGUCUGCCUAGCUACUGAAGCUACACUGUUUUAAACAGCUUUUCGCGCAUUCUGGCGCUUUGGGAUUGUAACGCACGCUACCCGAGCAUCGCGACGGAACAGUGGACAGACUGUCAGGAGUUGGGGCUCCAGCACAGAGGUCUUUCUGCACACAGAAACCAACUGGAAGACCAAGGUGGUGUCCUGUCAUGCAUUUUCAUGAGGUCAUCUUGCUGCGGAGCUGACGCUGUCAGCGAGACGAGCUCAGAACUUCACCCUCUAUUGCUCCGUUCUCUGCAGCCACUCAUCGUGGCCCAGGGGGCAGUGGCUCCCCUGUUCUAAAAGUCUGACCUGUCCACAGUACAAGUCAGUCCUCCUGGCGAGUCGAAACAUUGUCUGGGCAGUCGUCCUGCCUCACUCUCUCUCCAGUCAUAGUUUCUUUUCCCGGAUAUCUGGCCAAGUAAAAGUGCAAGGAGCCCUCCAUCAUUAUUCAUCAUCAUCAUGUCUAGCCGGCGGAAGGCUUCCACCCCCUGUAUGAUCCGACCACAGGAGACCAUGGUGGAGUUGGAUGAUGAUGAUGAGGAGACAACAGAGAACCAUACUGAGGAGGAUGCUAUGGAGACCGAUCCAUCUGCUGACCUAGACCUGACGGGGAAGACCCCUGAAUCCCCAGCAGCACCUGACAUCCCAGUGUCUGAGUCAUCAGACAGUUCCAAGCCUUCAUGUAAACAGCAAAGGGGAUAUGAGUGCAAGUACUGUACCUUUUCCACUCAGAACCUCAACACAUUCAAAGAACACGUGGAUGCCAACCACCCCAACGUCAUCCUCAACCCACUGUAUCUGUGUGCUGUCUGUAAUUUCAACACAAAAAAGUUUGACUCCCUUACAGAACAUAACGAUAGGAAUCACCCAGGGGAGAGCAACUUCAAGUUUAAACGCAUCAAAAUGAACAAUCAGACCAUCUUGGAACAGACAAUAGAGGGCUGCAGUAACAAUGCAGUCAUUUACAAUAGUUCCAGUGUCGUGUCUGGUAAAGCAGAGGGGCAGAGCACUGUGCCCCUCAGCAAAACCACCGCAAUCAAGAUCGGGAAACAAAAAGUCAUGUCUUCAGAUAAUAAACAGACGGAGCCUCAUUUGUGUAAACUGAACCCCGACUUGACGAAGAAAGCAAUCACAGCACUCAAUGUCAACGGGACAGUAAUCAUCCCAGAGUCGACUCUCCUCAAAGCUGAUGGCCUUUCUCACAUCAUGCCUUCCCUGCAGCGGCCUGUAAACUACACCCAGGUGCCGAAGAUCGCUAUUCCCCUCAACACAACCAAAUACAACCCUUCUCUGGAUGACAACCUGACCCUCAUCUCUUCCUUCAACAAAUUCCCAUACCCAACACAAGCUGAGCUCUCUUGGCUUACUGCAGUCUCGAAACAUCCAGAGGAGCAAAUUAAAGUGUGGUUUACCACGCAGAGGCUCAAACAGGGCAUUAGCUGGUCACCGGAGGAGGUGGAGGAAGCAAGAAAGAAGAUGUUCAAUGGUACAAUCUCCUCUGUGCCUCAGACCUUCACAGUUGUAACGCCUCAGCUUACCACUCAGUCAUCCGCCAACCCAUUACCAGUAACCACCGCAGUCUCCAAAUCAGUGCAGCCUGCGGCCUCAGUCCUCCAGUCCGUCCCCUGCCAACUCCUGGGACAGACAAGCCUGGUGCUGACUCCUGUUGCCAACGGCUCUACUGUCACAUGUGCACCACUGGCACUCACGUUGGCUAACCAGGUUGCCCAGUCACUCAAACGACCCUUGCCCUCACCCUCAACUGCCUCAGAGAAUAAACGGCCCUCCAUCAUUCAAGCCAUAUCUGCGCCUAUUGCAACAUCCAAGAUGGCAUCGCCCAAAGUGUUAAACUUCACUGCAGACCCCAACAAAACAGCUGAGCAGCUCUCAGUGCUACGGUCCAGCUAUAUGCAGUGUCCUUUCCCUGAGGAAGAAGAGAUCUACAGGCUGAUAGAGACCACUGGGCUGUCCAGAGGAGAGAUUAAGAAGUGGUUCAGUGAACAAAGGCUCCUUAAUCUCAAAGGUGUUCCUCCGCCGCCAGUGCUGGUGAAAGCUGAUGUGACUCCAGUACCUAAAGAUGGACCCGUGAGGAAAGCGGUCCCGAGCCACUUCCCCCUGCUGGAGCGGGUGAAGGGGAAGUCCUCGGAGCAACUGAAUGCACUCGAGGAGAGUUUCCAGAGAAGCAGCUCUCCAACGGACACUCAGCUUGAUCAAUUGGCCCAGGAGACCAGGCUGUCCAAGACUGAGGUGGACUGCUGGUUUUCUGAGCGCAGGGCGCUGAGGGACAACAUGGAGAAGGCGUUGCUCAGCGUGACCUCCAAGAAUACAGAUGACAAAGGCGACAGGCCAGGCGUGUUGCUCAAUGGUUCCGCUCAUCGUGAGCAGGAUGGGAAAAUUCUCCAAUCAUCAGCUCUCCCACAGUUCCUUUCUUCUUCUUCGUCAUCCUCAUCCUCCCCUCCUAUGCUUGCAGCAUCGUCCCCUCAUCCUCCAACCCUGUCUGCCUCUGCUUCACCUCCCAUCCUUAAUUCAUCCUCCUCCUCUCCACAUCCUCCCAUCCUAUCUGUGUCGACGAGCCCAGCUCCCAUCCCAAGUGGCUCCCUCACUCUGCUGCGAGAGAUGUUCUGUCGGACCCAGUGGCCAACACCUGAAGAGUACAGCCACCUGGAGGGGCAAACAAGCCUGGGCCGCACUGACAUUGUCCGCUGGUUUAAGGAACACCGCUCGGCCCGAAAGAACGGUGAGACCUUGGACUGGUUGGAAGCUUACCAGAGCCAAAAAGAACAGCAGAAAUCAGGACAAGAGCAGAAGAGAGACAAUUCUGACAAACAACAACAAAGUGUACCACUGGAAGGAAAAGUGGAGGAAGCUGGUGAGAAGAAAACAGCAGAAGCCGCAUCUACGGAGAACUCCAAGCUGUCCAACCCAGACACAGUACAGUGGUUGACUGAAAAACUCACUCACAGUGUGUCUGACCUGGGCCAGGCCAGGCUGGACCAGACCAGUUCUAAUAUUGCUGAAAAGGGAAGGUGGGUUCAGGUGACUGUGGCUGUGGGCGAAGAGAGUGAGGCAGGAUUACAAAGACCGAGACUCGCAGCAGAUGCUGAUGUUUUGACCUUGGAGCAACCUGGGAGGGUCACUGGCUGAUGAUGAUGUGAAUCCAUACACGAGUCACAAAGGUAACUUAAGACACAGAUGCCAAAAGUGCAAGUGGAGUUGUAUCCCCAUGCCGGUGGUGUGGUGACAAAGCAGGUUGGACAUCUGCUCGCCUGUCCAAUGACGUGUGGUGCAGAUGCUCACAUGUAGAGGAGUGCCAAAGCUGGACUUAAUGAUUAAUUUUGGGGGGGAAGAAGUAUCCUUGUAAAUAUUUUUCUGUAUUGCUAAAUACAUGUGUACAGUUGUCUUGGAAGGGCAUGUUUUGUUGUUUUUUUUUUUUUAAGACUUGUGCCCAGUACUUAAAAUGUUUGUGUUGUUGUAGCUAAAUGUUGGAAAGAAGCUGUUUAUUUGCUGGAAAUUAAUGCUAUUUUGGAGGAAAAUUUAACCUGCUUUCUGCUUAGUACGAGUACUCUUUUUCUUAAUGGCACUUGUAUUACUAUAAGGCUUUCUUGCUCUCGGCCGCCUCAUCUCCAGCUAGAACUUUUCUCUAGCAGCGUCAGCCCCUUUAUAAAAGGAGUCUCAGACAAUGUUCUCGAAGGGAAGUGAGUGAGAGGGAAUGGAUUGUGGGAGUGCAAGCUUGGCCUCACUGCUGGAGACUGAGCUCGACGUUUGCCACAAAGAGCCACCACGUGUGCAGACCAAUUAGGCCAAUGAAUGAUAGAAUGCACUAACUUGUAUCUUUUUUGUCCUCCUGCACCAGUACCUGAGGCAAUAACAGUGCAGAAUGUUCUUAUUUCUGUUCUACUAAUGUUUAAAGACAAAGUCUGUCUGAUCACACCAUGCUGCCUUUUCAGCUCUUUCCGCAUCAACUGAUGAAGAUGAUGAUUCAUAUGGAUUUGGGGGGGGGGGGGGGAAACUGGCUAUUUUCCACUGAAUUUGAAUUUGCAGGGUUGUGGAGAUUAUUGACUGACGAUUAAACAACUGAAGCAGUUUCAAGUGUGAAUCUUGUUCAGCUGUGAAUUGUGAACGUCUCGUCCGCUUUCGCCUUUCUGGGAUGUCUUCUCAACUGGCAGUUGGGGAUUUUGGUUAUUACUGUACAGUCUGCAAUUUUUCUUUUACACGUAAGAUCAAAACUUGGUUGACUGCCUUACAAUCUUUUUUUUUUUUUUUUUUUUUACUUGUACUCAAGAUUUAAAGGGAUAUUGUGUAUUUUGUUUUGUCUAAUUGCAUCCUCAUGCUAGCGAUUCCACUGUCACUUCUAUAUAAUGCUGGUUUGAAAAGCAAAAUGAACGUUUCUGCAGCUUAAAUUUCAUGUUCAAGCGUAUUCUGGCUUCUGGUCGGCUUCUAAGGAAUACUGCCUGCAUUUUUAUUUUCUACUUUAAAUCUGCUCUAACUCAAUAAAUACAUAAUGCUGGUCUUGGUCUUCAUGCAUUAAAACCUGAAGAUUGUA